AUGCUGCGCCAGGUGUUGCACGCGGGCCUGAGGACCUCCUUCCACGCGCUGGGCCGGUUCGUGGCGGGCCACCCGGUGUUCUUCGCCUCGGCGCCCGUGCUCCUCUCCAUCCUGCUCGGGGCAAGCUUCAGUCGGUACCGCGUGGAGGAGGACGUGGAGAGCAUGCUCGCGCCCAAGCACAGCCUGGCCAAGAUAGAGGGCAACCUGGUGGACAGCCUGUUCCCCGUGAACCGCUCCAAACACUCGCUCUACUCCGACCUGCAGACGCCGGGCCGCUACGGGCGCGUAAUCGUCACUACCCGAAAAGGGAGCGUGUUGGACCCGGUUCAUCUGGACACCAUACUUCAGCUCCACAGGCGGAUCUACAAGAUGCAGGUGACAGUCCCGGCGACAGGCUUUAACAGCUUCAACUACUCCUUCUCCUACCUCUGUCUCCCUGAUGACAAGAACAUCUGCAUAAUCGAUGACAUCAUCCGUUCCAUGGAGGACAUCCAGUCAGCUCGCAACUCCAACCGUUCCGUCCCAGUCCUGCGGUACCCGAUAACGCAGCUGGCAGACGGGCGACAGGCGUACAUUGGUCAUCAGCUUGGCGGCGUGCAGGGCUGGGCCAAAGGAGAAGGCGUACGUUCUGCCAGGGCAUUGCAGCUCACCUACUACCUCCAAGCCCGUGGCGGCCUGAUGGACCGGGUGGCCAGCCAAUGGGAAAAGGCCUUUUGUGCUGAGUUACACCACUUUGCAGCGUUGCACCCUAAGCUAGGGCUGUACCCCUCUGCAUCUUCUUCUUUGAGGACAGACUUCCAGUUCUCAUCAGUUCUGUCACGCCGCCCGCUGUUAGCCAGCUUGGGGAUGUGUGGUGUGCUGGCUGUCCUCUGCUGCUCUAUGAGGGACUGUGUGAGAUCCAAACCCUGGUUGGGACUGCUGGCUUUGUUGUCAAUCACACUGUCAGGUCUCACUGCUGCUGGGAUCCUCAACCUGACCGGGGCCACCUACAACUCCACAUACCUGGGCAUCCCUUUCGUCAUGCUCGGUCACGGACUCUUCGGCUCCUUCGAGAUGCUGUCAUCGUGGAGGCGAACACGGGAGGACCAGCACGUGAAGGAGCGAGUGGCGAGCGUGUUUGAGGAUGUUAUGCUGCGAUUCUCCGGCUCCACCAUGCUCCAUCUGAUGACCCUGGGCCUGGCUGCCUCGCCACUCACAAAUAUGGAGGCUGUCCGACUCUUCUGCCGCACCGCCGCUUUGGCAGUCACCAUCAGCUACGUUUACAUGCUGUCCUUCUACAGUUCCUGUCUGGUGUUCACCGGAUACUUAGAGACUGGAUACAGACAUGGCUGCUUUUGCCGGAGAGUUCCCAAACCGGACCGGCUGGACUCUAAACCGGCCUGGUACAGGUGUCUAAUGUACACACGUUAUCAGGACGAAACACAGGCAACCAACACGUCGAACACGGACUCUCACCUGCUGCUGGGGUGUAUGAGACGUUGCUAUGGAGACUGGAUCACUAACACCUAUGUCAAACCCUUUGUGGUUCUGCUGUAUCUGGUUUACAUCUCCUUUGGAUUGAUGGGCUUCCUGCAGGUGACCCAGGGUUCUGACCCCAGUGCGCUGGUUGCCAUGGAUACAGCGACAGUAUUGUACACUCGUGCCCAGCAGCGUUACUUCAGCUCAUACUCUCCUGUCAUUGGAUUCUACAUUUAUGAAAGUGCCCCCUACUGGAAUGCCACAGUACAGCGAGACCUGCUGGAAUACGCCAAAGGCUUCCAGCGAAUCAGCUGGCUGGAAGCCUACCUGAACUACCUAUCAGAACACAACCAGUCCACUAGCCAACCGCGGGAAAACUUCACCCACACGCUGCGCCACUCCUUCCUCCGCGAGCCGCAGUUUGCCCACUUUGCAGAUGACAUCAUAUUUGCAGAGCGUGGCCAGGGUGAGGAGCCCGACGUGGCGGCGUCCCGCAUCUUCCUGGUCGCCAAGACGACUGAGAACAAGCGCGAGGAGAUGUCAGUGCUGCUGGACACGCUGCGACGCCUGUCACUGACUUCACGAGUCCGCUUCUUAAUCUUCAACCCCUCCUUUGUCUACCUGGACCGCUACGCUGCAGCGGUCAGCUCCCCGCUCAGACACUCACUGCUGGCGGUGCUGUUCCUUUUGGGUCUGUCCUCUCUGGCUGUGGUGGAGCCGCUGGUCUCUGUGUGGCUGGGCCUCACCCUGCUGUCUGUCCAGUUCGGGGUGCUGGGUUUCAUGACUUUAUGGGGAGUGGAGCUGGACUGCAUGUCUGUUUUAUGUCUGAUCUCAGCCUUGGGACACUCGGCAGACUGCAGCGGCCCCCUCCUUUGUGGCUUCGCAUCAGGUCGGGGUGAAAGCAGGACUCGCUGGGUGAGAGUGGCCCUGGAGAGACAUGGGGUGCCCUCUCUACAGACGCUCAUCUGCUACAGUGCCGCUUUGGUGCCUGUGGGCUCCGUACGCUCCAACCUCACACACACACUCUUUCGCUGCCUCACCCUCACGGCCGGCUGCUCGGCCCUACACACGCUGGCGUUCCUGCCCACCCUCCUCACCUUCCUGCCCCCUUCGAAGAGCCGGGGCCACCGUCCUGGAGAAGGGCAGAGACAGGAAGUGGAGUGCGUGGAGAUGAACGACAGCACAAGAGUGGUAGACCAGAUCACUACUGUCUGA